GCGCUGGGACCAGUGGAGUCCAUCCAGGAGCACCCACACGACAGCAGUCAGCUCCUCAUUGGGUACAGCCGGGGGCUGGUGGAGGGGCUGGUGGUCCUCUGGGAGCAGAGCACACGUGCCGUCCAGCACCUCUUCCUGGGGAACCAGAAGACCCAGCAGCCCGUCAUGUCCACCAUCCCCUACGGUCCAUUCCCUUGCAAAGCCAUCAGCAAAAUCCUCUGGCGGACCUGCGAGUCAGGGAACCCUUUCAUCAUCUUCAGCGGGGGGAUGCCACGGGCCAGCUACGGUGACCGGCACUGUGUCAGUGUGCUGCAGGGUCAGACCCUGGCCACGCUUGACUUCACCUCCCGCGUCAUCGACUUCUUCACGCAGCAGCCAUCUCCCCCCUCCCCAGGCUUUGAGAACCCUCGUGCCCUUGUGGUGCUGGUGGAGGAAGAGCUGGUGGCCAUCGACCUCCAGACGCCGGGCUGGCCCACCAUCCCUGCCCCGUACCUGGCACCAAAACCCGCCCCCCCCUGGCCCAUCCCCUGCCCCGGCCACGUCUCCAAUGUGCCUCUCAAGCUCUGGGAGAGGAUCAUCAGCGCCGGCGAGCAGCAGAGCCCCCGGCUCUCCUCUGCAGCUUGGCCCAUUGACGGAGGGAAGAACCUGGCCCAGGAGCCCACGCAGAGGGGGCUUCUCCUCACCGGGUGA